GGACGAUUCUUUCCUCGUCUACUACUCUACCCUCCCUGUCUUUUGUUUCCCUCACAUCGCCCACACAUAUAUAAAAGUCUAAGUCCCGUAGACCGCACAGAGGCCGAACGAGAAAGAAACGAAUACACAAUCUAUACAUUGUAGAAUAAUCUUCUCUCUCUCUCUCGGUCUUCAAUUGCUUGCGAAAGUUGUGUUCCUCUUCUUGUUGGGAUAUCUCUACCGCGGAGAGAUUCUCUUUCUCGCUCCCCGAAUCACAAUUUUCUCCAGAAGCAAUUGAACCGAAAUUGCAGAAAUUUGGAGUUUUGAUGUUUUAUGUAGGAAAUGGGUAAUAAACUUGGGAGAAGGAGACAAGUGGUAGAUGAGAAGUACACCAAACCACAGGGACUUUACAAUCAUAAAGAUGUAGAUCAUAAGAAGCUUCGAAAGCUAAUACUUGAAUCUAAGCUUGCUCCAUGCUACCCUGGAGAUGAAGAAUGCAUUUGUGAUCUUGAAGAGUGUCCGAUUUGCUUUCUGUAUUAUCCAAGUCUCAACCGGUCAAGAUGUUGCAUGAAAAGCAUUUGCACAGAGUGUUUUCUACAGAUGAAAGUUCCCAAUUCAACACGUCCGACACAGUGUCCUUUUUGCAAAACUGCAAAUUAUGCUGUGGAGUAUCGAGGUGUUAAAACAAAGGAAGAGAAGUGUUUGGAGCAGAUUGAAGAGCAGCGCGUUAUAGAAGCCAAGAUUAGGAUACGGCAGCAGGAACUUCAGGAUGAAGAAGAGAGAAUGCUGAAAAGGCAAGAACCCAGCUAUUUGUGUGGAAAUGUGACACCCACAGAGGUUGAAUGUAGCUCAGUAACGGUUCCAUAUUCCAGGUCUCCUGUUGAAAGUGAGGAAAUUGUCGCAUCUCGCGAUUCAUCUCCAUCUCCAAUGAUCCGACCAUCUCCCCUUCCACGCCCAGCUCAUAGAACAAAUAGGGAUGACGAUUUUGACCUUGAUCUUGAGGACAUAAUGGUCAUGGAAGCAAUUUGGCUUUCCAUUCAGAACAGCAGACAGAGAAAUCCACCCUACGGUGAUUUUCAUUCUGAGCAAUAUGCCAUCGGAGGCUAUGUCUCGCCUUCCAUGGGUCCACCGGCUGGAUCAUCAUCUUCCCCUUCAGGGGGUCUUGCUUGUGCCAUAGCUGCCCUUGCUGAGCGUCAGCAAAUAGGUGGAGAAUCUUCUGUUAAUCCCGACAGAAGUAUGUCAGCGAGCAAUAUGCUUCCACAAGCUGGCAGGUUUUACAACCGGGUGGACAGAGAGAGAGACAGUUACCAAACUGCAGAGUGCGCAACAGAAUCUUCAACUGAUGGUAGGAUGACUUUGACAAGGGAUGAUGGAGAAUGUUAUGGGGACCGUGGAUCAGAUGUUGCUGUAGCGGGCACCAGUUAUGCAAGCUCAGAUGCAGCAGAAGAUUCUUCUGCAUUGCCACUCCCUGAUGAAAUCGAGGACAACCUUCAAAAUGCCACUGAGCCCAUUGUUCCUGAGAGUUUUGAGGAACAGAUGAUGCUGGCUAUGGCGGUGUCUUUGGCUGAAGCUCAAGCUAUAGCUAGUGGACCUGGAGUUUCCUGGCAGUCGUAGUUCUACGUCUACCUACUAGUGAUAGUCUUUAUAAAACAGAUGUUUCUGGCCAUGGCUGUUUAGCUAGCCAAGACUCGAGCGUAGGACCCGAGUGCCCAAGCAGCAGCAAGAAACUUGUUCGAGUGUCAAGAUAGCGAUGAUUCGCUUCCCUCCCUAUACACUUUUAUUGCCAUAUACAAAUGUGAAGGGAAAACAGAUUCUUUUAGUGAAUGAAAGGUUUGCUGGUUUAUGCUA